ACUGAAACUACUCGGGAAUACUUCAACAUCCCGAAGGAAAGCGCAGGGAAAGUGCUGAGUAUUUAGAGACUGAAUCCUCUGAGACGGAGAAGCAGAAAUCGCCUUUCACAGUCCUGUGCAUUGCGUAAGAUGAGGAGGAAGAGCUCCCAGCCCCGGAGAGGAAAUUGCAACACUCCGUUUCUCAAAUGUUCCUGUGUGCAUGGAGAAGUUCUGACUGCGUGUCGGAGACAUGACUUCCUCUGGAUACAGAGUGUUUACACCUUCUUCUGAGAGUGUUUAUGAACGAGUUACUGCUCAUGUAACCUAAACCUUCUCGCACAGUUUGUGAAGCUUCUCUCUGUCCAGAAACCGAGGAACCAAACACAGCGGCGGAGAUCCAGAGGACUGGAGACAUGGUCGUGGGAUUCAUGGUUCUGUGGACUCUGGCAUGGAGCGUCAGUGUCAGUGUGUCAUCACAUAAUGAAACUGCAGGACUGGAUGAAGGUGUCUGUAAAGACCAUGGAGUAGCGUUCGACCAUGUGUUUGCAGUCCCGCACGAGGCAGCAUUAUUAGACUGUGAACUGGUGAAGGACUAUCUCUUUGAUUUAUUGAACAUCCCUUAUAACGUGACGUGGUAUGACCAGCAGUCUGGCCGGGAGUUCACAGGAGAGGAGAACCACGCUGUACUACGAGGAUCUUCACUGUUGUUCCUCAACACUCACGUGGAACUCCAGGGCCAUUACUUGUGUAUUGUCAGAACUCCAGAUCAGUGCUACAAGCAGGAGAGGGUUCUUCUGGUGGAAGAAGAGGUGCUUGGAGCAUGUCGCCGUUCUCGGGCAGCAGUGCAGCGGAUGCAGUGUCACUCGAACGACAACCUGAGGUGUCCUGUAUCUGACUACACAAGUGUAGUGGAUAGCUACUCCAUACAGUGGUACAAGGGCUGUGAGCCUCUUCUGAAAGGAUCCAGGUUUCACUUUACAGAGAACAACCUCAUGCUCCACGCCCGCCAAGUUUCCCUUGACGAUGCUGGGUUUUAUACAUGCAGGAUGACCUUUAACCUCACUGGAGUCAUCGGUGUAGUCGCAGAGACCAUCGAGUGUGAAAUAAUCGAGUCGCUUUUAAAACAACUUCAAAUGCUAGAGCCCAAUAACGGCACCAUGAAAGUAUCCGCAGGAUCACCGAUUAACAAGACAUGUCGUGUGUUUUUACCUACCAACGGAGUCCACAUGACGGUGGUAGUCUGGGAGUUUAAGGACGAUUACGUCUCAUCGAACACCUCUGAUCGGAUCCACCAGGGACCUCAGGCGGAGCUCGAGGUGGCUGAGGGCUGGUGGUUGGAGCGCAGCUUGUUCGUGUCUCGAGCAGAGCCAGGUGAUUUGAACCUGAACUUCACCUGCAGGGCUUUUAGCCACAGAGGACAUGCAGUUGGCUACUUUACCCUCUACCCUGAAGACAUGGUCGUGGGAUUCAUGGUUCUGUGGACUCUGGCAUGGAGCAUCAGUGUCAGUGUGUCAUCACAUAAUGAAACUGCAGCACUGGAUGAAGGUGUCUGUAAAGACCAUGGAGUAGCGUUCGACCGUGUGUUUGCAGUCCCGCACGAGGCAGCAUUAUUAGACUGUGAACUGGUGAAGGACUAUCUCUUUGAUUUAUUGAACAUCCCUUAUAACGUGACGUGGUAUGACCAGCAGUCUGGCCGGGAGUUCACAGGAGAGGAGAACCACGCUGUACUACGAGGAUCUUCACUGUUGUUCCUCAACACUCACGUGGAACUCCAGGGCCAUUACUUGUGUAUUGUCAGAACUCCAGAUCAGUGCUACAAGCAGGAGAGGGUUCUUCUGGUGGAAGAAGAGGUGCUUGGAGCAUGUCGCCGUUCUCGGGCAGCAGUGCAGCGGAUGCAGUGUCACUCGAACGACAACCUGAGGUGUCCUGUAUCUGACUACACAAGUGUAGUGGAUAGCUACUCCAUACAGUGGUACAAGGGCUGUGAGCCUCUUCUGAAAGGAUCCAGGUUUCACUUUACAGAGAACAACCUCAUGCUCCACGCCCGCCAAGUUUCCCUUGACGAUGCUGGGUUUUAUACAUGCAGGAUGACCUUUAACCUCACUGGAGUCAUCGGUGUAGUCGCAGAGACCAUCGAGUGUGAAAUAAUCGAGUCGCUUUUAAAACGACCUCAAAUGCUAGAGCCCAAUAACGGCACCAUGAAAGUAUCCGCAGGAUCACCGAUUAACAAGACAUGUCGUGUGUUUUUACCUACCAACGGAGUCCACAUGACGGUGGUAGUCUGGGAGUUUAAGGACGAUUACGUCUCAUCGAACACCUCUGAUCGGAUCCACCAGGGACCUCAGGCGGAGCUCGAGGUGGCUGAGGGCUGGUGGUUGGAGCGCAGCUUGUUCGUGUCUCGAGCAGAGCCAGGUGAUUUGAACCUGAACUUCACCUGCAGGGCUUUUAGCCACAGAGGACAUGCAGUUGGCUACUUUACCCUCUACCCUGAAGAUCCUAAUCUGCUCCUGCCCAUUGGACUCCUGGCCACAACAAUGGCUCUUCUUUUCAUCAUGGGACUUCUCCUGUACAGAGUGUUUAAGGUUGAGCUUGUCCUGCUCUUCCGGACCGUGUUUCCUUUCUUUUAUGCAAGCACAGAUGGUGACGGGAAACUCUACGAUGCCUAUGUGGUGUAUCCCCGAGGUCAAGGAGACACACUGAGUGAAGCAGUUGAGACUUUUGUUCUGAAGACACUGCCACAGGUUCUAGAGGAAUACUAUGGGUACCGGCUCUUCAUCUUGGGUCGGGACAGUCUACCUGGACAAGCUGUGGCAGACGUGGUGGAUGAGACCAUGAAUCUCUGUCGUUGCCUGCUGCUGCUGUACACCAGCACGUCUCUGAGCAGGACAGACGGUUCGUCAUGGUUCGAGCAGCAGGCAGGCCUCCACCGUGCCUUACUGGAUGACUCGCUCUCUGUGAUGCUGCUGGAGAUGGAGCAGCUCAGUGAUCCCUCCAUCCUUCCUGAGUCACUGCGUCUCCUGCGUGAUAAGCAGGGGGCUCUACAGGCCUGGAAGAGGCGGCGGAGGUGGAUGUGCACGAGGACGGAGGAAGACGGAGAGGAGGAUCAGACACCUUUGUCUUUGUUUACUUUGUCUGCUCGCUUCUGGAGGAAAGUGCGCUACUACAUGCCAGUGAGAGGCAAAGCCAAGCGUCACUCAAAGAGAAAGUUGCUCCUGAACUUGUGACUUGACUCAUGUAUUGUUGGUGCAAAGUUCCAAUGAGAAACACAGCUCAGGUUUGAGUGUGUUAAAGGAAAGCAGUGAUGCAGUGCAAAACAGAUUCACCUGAUGAAAAGCCUUGAAUGGGCAGAGACACAGAAACACAGAGAAUCAUUCGCUUUAACUCUGGUGUUCAUCUGUGUUCAUCGCUUUAAACACAGGCUGAGCUUUCAAGGUGAAAUCAGUCCAGCAGACAAGAGAUAUAUAACACAAACAAACCAAACUGCCAAAUUAGCUAGCUGAUGUUAGUAGAUUUGGCUGCAGUCUGGUAAGGAACAUGCGUCUGGCAUGGGUCUGCUGUGAUUCCUCGAGAGUUACGCUGACUGUUAAAAAGUUUUGUUAGCAGUAUUUAUUAUCAGAUGAACUCUGUGUGUGUUCGUGCUGAUUUUUUUGCCGCUGGCAGACUGACACAAGGUCUUUUUUUCCACUGAAGACUGUCACAAAUUUAUAGCAAAUCUCUGAAGAGUCAUCAGAAGUAAAUGUGAAUCACUGUGUGUGUUAGUGUGUAAAUAUUCUCAGGGAAGUGUGAGAAAUGGAUGGAGUUUUAAAAAAAAAAGCACACACACACACACACACAGUGUGCAUACAGUGUACAUACUGUAUAUAGUGAAUGGAAAUCCCUCAGCAGUCCACAUCAGUAGCUGUGAUGUUUAGUAAAGUUUUGGUACGUGAUAUAUACUGCAUUCUUUUGUGAAAAUGGUUCUUACAGACAUGUUCAGAGAUAAAAGGUUUGGACAAAUGUUCAGAUGUCCAGAUAUGAAAGUGCACAGGCGAUAUUAUAAUGGAGGUGGUAACCCAGUGGUGGAGCUGUUGGGCUACUGAUCGGAAGGUUGUAACCUUGAAUCCCAGGUCCACCAAGCUGCCACUGCUGGGCCCCUGAGCAAGACCCUUAACCCUGAACUGCUCAGUUCUAUAAAAAAUUAGAUAAAAGUCUUGCUGGAAAAUGGCAUCUGCCAAAUGCCAUAAAAGUAAAUAUUUUAUACUUUACAAACAGGGUAUGAAGUAGCUGCAUAGAACAUCUAUGUAAAUUGUGUUACUGCUUUCCAUGUGUUGUUUUCAUGUGACAUUAAGACUCUAGCAGCACAAAGACAACCUUUGUUGGAUUUAAGAUUAAUCAUCUAAAGAUCUACGUACUAUUCCCAAGUCUGCACAAAUUGUAGAUUAUAAAAAUAUAACACAAAUAUGAUCUUAACAUCAGGACUUGUUCCCCUGUUCUAUAAAUCUCAUCGUGACCUACUAAAUAACCGAUUUGCGUGCAAUACAGUAUUUUUUGCUGACAUAUUCGUUUAUAGUAUUAUAGAAUAAGCGUUCAUGUUCUUUAAGAGUGUGUUCACGGCCGCUGCUUACGAAAAAUUAGGAAGUACGAGGCUUUAUGUAGCUUUUCUUUAUUAACUCUAGAUCGCUAUGCUAACGCACUGCUAGUAGCUUAAAAAAAAUACUUGUUCUACAGUAUACAAUAUCUGCGAAUGGUUUCUGCAAAUAAAGUUUUCAUGUCACGCUUUGCUGAAUAUACACUAUAUUGCCAAAAGUAUUCGCUCACCCAUCCAAAUAAUCAGAAUCAGGUGUUCCAAUCACUUCCAUGGCCACAGGUGUAUAAAAUCGAGCACCUAGGCAUGCAGACUGUUUUUACAAACAUUUGUGAAAGAAUGGGUCGCUCUCAGGAGCUCAGUGAAUUCCAGCGUGGAACUGUGAUAGGAUGCCACCUGUGCAACAAAUCCAGUCGUGAAAUUUCCUCGCUCCUAAAUAUUCCACAGUCAACUGUCAGCUGUAUUAUAAGAACAUGGAAGUGUUUGGGAACGACAGCAACUCAGCCACGAAGUGGUAGGCCACGUAAACUGACGGAGCGGGGUCAGCGGAUGCUGAGGCGCAUAGUGCGAAGAGGUCGCCAACUUUCUGCAGAGUCAAUCGCUACAGACCUCCAAACUUCAUGUGGCCUUCAGAUUAGCUCAAGAACAGUGCGCAGAGAGCUUCAUGGAAUGGGUUUCCAUGGCCGAGCAGCUGCAUCCAAGCCAUACAUCACCAAGUGCAAUGCAAAGCGUCGGAUGCGGUGGUGUAAAGCACGCCGCCACUGGACUCUAGAGCAGUGGAGACGCGUUCUCUGGAGUGGCGAAUCACGCUUCUCCAUCUGGCAAUCUGAUGGACGAGUCUGGGUUUGGCGGUUGCCAGGAGAACGGUACUUGUCUGACUGCAUUGUGCCAAGUGUAAAGUUUGGUGGAGGGGGGAUUAUGGUGUGGGGUUGUUUUUCAGGAGCUGGGCUUGGCCCCUUAGUUCCAGUGAAAGGAAUUCUGAAUGCUUCAGCAUACCAAGACAUUUUGGACAAUUCCAUGCUCCCAACUUUGUGGGAACAGUUUGGAGCUGGCCCCUUCCUCUUCCAACAUGACUGUGCACCAGUGCACAAAGCAAGGUCCAUAAAGACAUGGAUGACAGAGUCUGGUGUGGAUGAACUUGACUGGCCUGCACAGAGUCCUGACCUCAACCCGAUAGAACACCUUUGGGAUGAAUUAGAGUGGAGACUGAGAGCCAGGCCUUCUCGUCCAACAUCAGUGUGUGACCUCACAAAUGCGCUUCUGGAAGAAUGGUCAAAAAUUCCCAUAAACACACUCCUAAACCUUGUGGACAGCCUUCCCAGAAGAGUUGAAGCUGUUAUAGCUGCAAAGGGUGGACCGACGUCAUAUUGAACCCUAUGGAUUAGGAAUGGGAUGUCACUUAAGUUCAUAUGCGAGUCAAGGCAGGUGAGCGAAUACUUUUGGCAAUAUAGUGUACUUUGUUGUAUUUGUAUUAGUGUUGUGUAUUAAAAACUGCAUUUCUGUUUACAGUGUCUGAUUCCAACUUGUGCUGUUGGUUAUUCCGUGCUUUGUUUCUUGUUUCUCUGUUCGCACACCUCUGUUUAUAUUUGUUACUCUAAGUGUUGAGAGCUUUGUGAAUCUUUAAAUAUACUUUUUUUUCUGUG